AUGGCAAUGGCAAAGGCAAAGCUAGGGCGGAACGACACAAAUAGAAGCCUUGAGAGUCUGUUGGACAUGGACAAAAUAGUAGCUGCCAAGAUUUCUGUUCCACUUCAGUUGUCGAAGAUGAUUCCCGGCCAAGGCCUUGAAUUCAACAACCUUUCAUAUAGUGUAACAAAGAAGAUACAGAAAGAUGGGGUUUGGAUCAAGAAGGAAGCUUAUCUUCUUAAUGACAUCUCUGGUCAGGCUAUACGAGGUGAGGUUAUGGCCAUUAUGGGACCUAGUGGUGCCGGAAAAUCCACGUUUCUCGAUGCCUUGGGAGGAAGGAUUGCUCAAGGAAGUCUUGAAGGCUCUGUUAGAGUCGAUGGAAAAACGGUAACUACAAGCUACAUGAAGAUGGUUUCCUCUUAUGUGAUGCAAGAUGACCAAUUGUUUCCGAUGUUGACUGUGUUCGAGACUUUCAUGUUUGCAGCUGAGGUUAGGCUUCCUCCUUCUCUUUCCAAGGAUGAGAAGAGAAAUAGAGUCUAUGAGCUCCUUGACCAGCUCGGCUUGCAGAGUGCAACACAUACAUAUAUUGGUGAUGAAGGGAGGAGAGGAGUCUCAGGAGGAGAAAGACGAAGGGUCUCAAUCGGAAUUGACAUCAUCCACAAACCUUCUCUGUUGUUUCUUGAUGAACCAACUUCUGGUCUCGACUCCACGAGUGCUUACAGUGUUGUGGAAAAGGUGAAGGAAAUAGCUCGAGGAGGUAGCAUUGUGCUUAUGACCAUCCAUCAACCUUCCUAUCGUAUUCAAAAUCUCCUGGAUCGCAUGACAAUCCUAGCAAGAGGAAAGCUGAUAUAUUUGGGAAGUCCGCAUGGUCUGUCUGCUCAUCUUUCUGGAUUUGGAAGGCCAGUUCCUGAUGGAGAAAACAACCUUGAGUAUCUUCUGGAUGUGAUUAGAGAAUAUGAUGAAUCAAAUGUGGGGCUAGACCCGCUUGUUGUCUACCUCCGCGAUGGAAUCAAACCUGAUCAGAUGUCACAAACCCCCCUAAAAACACCAAAAAAGACACCCCGACAUUCUUAUAAAAAGACCCCUUCGUCCAAACACAUGCUCAGCCUCAGGAGUAAACUUUCAAUAGGAAACUCAACACCUGGACCAGAUUCUCGUCCAUCUGAUGAUUACGAUGAGGAUGAUGAAUUUGAGGAAGAGGACUUUGACAACUCUCUGGAAAGGAAGACAAUUCAGACACCAAUGAAUCAUUUUACUAGUGGUAUCUAUAACCCUCGUCUAGCUUCACAGUUCUACAAAGACUUCUCAGUGUGGAUAUACAAUGGUGUCAAAGGAACUCCUCGUCGUCCACCAUCAUGGACUCCUGCUAGAACUCCGGGAAGGACCCCCGGAAAGACGCCAAUCUCAAUGUCAGGAUUAAGAAGUAGUGUAGUUUCAAGCCAAUAUGCAACACCUCAACACUACCCUCCUAGGCCCAGUAGUACUAGAACCCCUGUUGUCUUCAGCCCUUCGGUUGAUGACUCUUCAUAUGGAGCAUCAUAUGAAGAGUUCGAGAUGGAAGAACCUGAGCUUGAUGAGAUAGAGCUGGGGCCUAAGUUUGCAAACCCUUGGCUCCGUGAGGUUGCGGUCCUCUCAUGGCGUACAGCACUCAAUGUGGUUCGCACCCCUGAACUCUUCCUCUCGCGUGAGAUUGUGUUAGCUGUCAUGGCACUCAUUCUAUCUUCCCUUUUCGAUAACCUACAUGAGGAUUCCUUCAAAAAUAUAAACAGGCUUCUAAACUUCUACAUCUUUGCUGUUUGCCUGGUCUUCUUUUCCUCCAAUGAUGCUGUCCCAACUUUCAUCCAAGAAAGGUUCAUCUUCAUCAGGGAAACUUCUCACAAUGCUUACCGUGCUUCUUCCUACGUCAUCUCUUCCCUCAUUGUUUACCUCCCAUUUUUUGCCGUUCAAGCUUUGACAUUUGCUGCCAUAACCAAAUUCAUGCUUCACCUCAACAGCAGUCUUUUCAACUUCUGGAUAAUCUUGUAUGCCUCACUCAUAACCACCAAUGCUUAUGUCAUGCUUGUGAGCGCCCUGGUUCCUAGUUACAUCACUGGAUAUGCUGUAGUGAUAGCUACAACUGCGCUCUUCUUCCUCACUUGCGGAUUCUUCCUGAAACGUAGUCAGAUCCCAGAUUACUGGGUUUGGGUGCACUACAUCUCCGCGAUUAAGUACCCAUUUGAGGCAAUGUUAACAAAUGAGUUCCAAGGAAAACAUUGCUACACUGGCAAUGCAACAGAUCUUUCACCAGGGCCUAUAGGAAAUGUGCAUUUCAGUAAAUUGCAUAAUGUCACAGAAUCGUUAAAAAGUUGCCCGCUGAUAGGUCAAGAUGUUUUGCAGUCGAUGGACAUCAAGCAUGACAACAUCUGGUAUAAUAUUGGAAUCUUGCUAGCUUGGGGUGUUCUAUACCGGCUCCUUUUCUACAUGGUCCUCAGAUUCUAUUCCAAGAAUGAGAGGAAAUGA